AUGGUCCUCCAUAGUCUUCACGACCUCGAUCCCGCCGAAGGGACAGUGCGGCUUCGCCUAGCUGACAACUCCCCAGUUGUCCUGGUCCCGAAGCCAUCUGAGAACGACCCAAAUGAUCCCCUGCUCUGGAGCCGGCGCAAGAAGAGGGUCGUUUUCCUAUCGGUCUGUUCCUUCGCUUUCUUGACCAACUUCGGCAUCGGGGGCUUGACACCUGCCUUCUACAUCCUCUCCCAGGAGUUUGGAAAGACAACAACGGAGACCGGCGCCCUGCUUCUAUGGCCUAUCCUCACCCUCGGCGCCUUCAACUUCUUCUGGGUUCCCAUUGCCAACUAUUAUGGCAAACGGCCAGUGUUCGUUUUCGCGUGCGGGCUGCUCUGCGCCUGCUCCAUGUGGGGAGCCUUGGCUGACACGUUCGAGUCCUUGCUAUGGUCCCUCAUCGUCGCAGCGUUUGCUGGAUCGUCGACCGAAGCCCUCGGAGCGAGCAUUGCAAACGACCUGUACUUCUUGCACGAACGGGGCUCCGUGAUGGGUAUCUAUAUGAACUUCAUCUCGGGAGGGAACACCAUCGGUCCGCUGAUCUGUGGCUUCAUCGUGUCGAAGUACAGCUGGAGGUGGCAUAAGUGGACGGCCUUCAUUCUGAUCAUGAUCAACUUCUUGACGGUUAUGUUCCUGGUGCCGGAGACCACUUAUGUUCGCUACAGCCAAAAGCCAGUUGACUCCGACUCGGGGACCAGUCGAGGACCGACUCCAGGGCCAGUCGGUCCCUCGGAUGCGGAAAAGGGGAUCGGUUCCGGAAAUGCUCAGGGAGCUCGUUCACCUCUGGGCCACACUGAUGAGAGCCCUGCAGGUCUGAAUCUUCCAAAGAAGUCCUGGGCAGAGGAGAUCAGUGUCUGGCCUGUAGUCUCUCGUGAGACCCCCCUCUGGAGGUUGUUCUUCCGACCCUUCCCCAUGUGGUCAUAUCCCUGUGUCAUCUUUGCCUUUCUUGCAUAUGCAAUUUCGCUGGAGAUGACGGUGGCCGUGAACAUCCUCAAUCCCUUUGUUUUUCAGUCACCGCCGUAUAACUGGUCGCCCAUGGUCAACGGUUUGAUCAACAUCCCGGGACUCAUUGGCAACCUCUUCGGCAGCGUCUUGGGCGGCUGGGCGGUUGACAGGUUUUGCGACUGGAAGACCAAGCGCAACAAUGGCGUGUACGAACCGGAGAACCGACUGUGGCUCUGCAUCGUACCCCUAAUCAUCAGCGGCUCGGGCUGCUUGGUGUUCGGAUAUGGCGUUGAAAAGACGAUGGGCUGGGUCAGCCUGUUCUUUGGCUAUGGCAUGAUCUCGGUAGCAAUGACGGCGGUGCCGACCAUCAUCAUGGCCUAUGUCUCGGACUGUCUGCUUCCAGUGAACUCGGAUGCUCUUAUGCUUGUCAAUGGAUCAAAGAAUGUGGUUUGCUUCUUCUUCGCAGCCUCGGUUUUAGUCUGGGUCCAGAAGGUGGGUUAUGUUGAGGCUUUCGGAACAACGGCAGGCGUAUUUGCGCUCAUAAUGGGCGGAGGUAUGGCGUUGUUGAUUCCCUUUGGCGCGAGAAUCAGGCACCGUCAAGCAAACUGGCGAAUCAUUCUGUGA